AUGUUAGAUAUGAACACCAAAGAAUUUAAACUUAAAAUAAAUGAUUUUGCCAAUUAUUACCAAAUUAAAGACUUGGAAAGUGAAGCAGAAUUAUGGUACAACAUCUGGAAGGAGAAAAAACUGGCUAAAAGCAAACUAUCAGACAUGGAAAUGAGUGAAGUAGUAGAAGAAACAGAUAUUUUCUUUCCUAAAAUAAAACAAGCCUUGCAUAUUUCUUUAGCUCAGCCAUGUACAACUAGCACUAUUGAGAGGUCAUUCAGUACGUUAAGAAGGGUUUACUUGGUUGCGUUCAACGAUGACGGAAAACCGUCUGAAUGGUAA